AUACACACACACGAAAAGGGAUGGUGGAUGCUCCUGACUCGAUGGCUAAGACGAGGUGGGAUAAUCAUGCGUGUCUGGCCCCGGGCGUUGAUGCAGCUGCCGUUGCCUGAUCUUUACUGGGCUGAGGGUAGGGUUGUUCCGGUUCCGACUGGAUCUUCAUCUCGAUUCUGCUUGACAUCGAUGUUAUCAAGCUAUUUACAUGUAAGAAGACAACGACUGAUGUAGCCUAAAAAGCGCAACCGCAAUUAUUGAACAAAUCUGAAUGGAGUAAUUAAAUGCUACCAUCGAUGGAGGAGGAUAUUAUUUAUAAUAACUAAUGAAGUGCUGUCUUGGAGGAAGGGCAAUAACCAGGGACAUCCCCGUGAGACAACCGGCUAACCCGUUCUCCUGUUUGCUGCGAUUUUUUAAAAUGAGAUCGGUACGUAGGCUGCCGUGAAAAUAACAUAAUUGCAUUAGUAAUCAGGCUAGGACACCCUCUCCACCAGCACCCUCUUUUCGCCGUUCCCGGGGCAGCAAACGCGGCACCGAACGCAAACGCAUCCACGACCCGGUCCGCGCCAUCAAAUCGACGCAUUACUGGAUGGGGAGUAGCAUAGACUGUGAAGACCGUGAGUGCGUGUGUCAAAAGGGGGACAGCAGGAGACCGGGCCAGCUCAACCCCCCUGCACCGGUUAAUUGCGCUCUAAUCUGGCAAGUUUGGAGGGACGGAGAGUCCGGUGCAGUAAGGGCGCCUCAAUGACCGUCUCAUCCCGGGACAGGUAGAGAAGGCUAGAGAACGGCGGCGAGUUUGGAAGUUUUGAUGCAUAUGAUCACAACCACCAUGAUUUUUAUGAUUCUUGGCGCUUCAGUUGUAAUGGCGAUAGCCUGUUUAAUGGACAUGAACGCACUACUGGAUCGCUUUCACAACUACAUCUUACCGCAUCUACGAGGGGAAGACCGCGUCUGUCAUUGCAACUGUGGAAGGCAUCAUGUCCACUAUGUGAUCCCGUACGAUGGGGACCAUUCUCUUGUGGACUCGUCGGAGAACUACUUUGUCAGUGACAGCGUGACCAAGCAGGAGAUGGACCUGAUGCUGGGGCUGCUGCUGGGCUUCUGUAUCAGCUGGCUCCUGCUGUGGCUGGACGGAGUGCUGCACUGUGCUGUCAGGGCAUGGAGGGCCAGCCGCUACUAUGACACCCCUUCCUGGUCAUGGCUCCCCUCAUUCUGCAACCUUCGAGAUCUGCGUCGACGCGCCCAGCUCAGACAGCUGGAGGACUCCACUGGCAACAUGGUCCACAUCAAGCAGAAGCUCUACCACAACGGCCACCCCAGCCCACGCCACCUCUGAAACAAGAAUCCCCCCUCCAGCCCCUCAAACUGCCCCAAGGCCAACUGCUGCCUCAGAGACACUGGAAAACUGCCCUCCGACUGUUCAUAACACACCUGGCCCGAGACUUUCUUACUGACACAAGUCAGCACCCACCAAUCCAAACUCGAGCAGAAGAUAGUCGUCACUGAAAUCUUGUCUAUGUCCACCAUUGAGGUAGGAAGGAAAAACAAGCAUUUUUAAGGGUGCUUUCUGUAUAGAAAAAUGUUCUGUGUUCAUUGUUGAAACUUGGCAUGAUCUUUUAGAACAGGGUACGAUGCACAUUGUUUAUAAAAAAAAAUCUCGAUGGGGAGGGUAUUUCUCUAAAGUGGGAGGGAGGUAAAUGGAUAGGGGUGGGUUUCAAGAUUUUAUGAUGGGAAGUUUAGAUUGCUGCUUCUGUAAAUUCUUCUAAUAUGGGGAAGUGGGAACACAGGGUAGGUUUGUUCGUGAGUGUGGUGAGUCAAGUGUUACGAGUAGAGCUGAUGGACUGUAUGGAAGGAUAAACGGAGCGUAGGAAAGAGGAGGAUGACAGCCGUCUGGAAGUGAACAGUGUGAUGUCUGCUAAAAACACAGAUUAAUUUGUUUUGUUACUUAGUGAAUUAAAUGAAUGUAUUAAUUUUACCUGUAAAUAUAAGAGGGGGAGGGGAGCAUACGUUUGUGGUUAGGGUUCUCUGCACUGUUAUUAUUUAUGAGAAGGUAGAAAAUGAAUUGCCAGCCAAGAUAAGACGGAGACAGUUCAGUGCUUCCCUCGUCUUCCCAAUAUUGUGUCCAAUAGCACUUCCCACUUUGCUAUAUCCAAUUCCUUCAUACUUAUCAGAAGCAACCAGCCUAGAAGCAGUGGGAACCCUCACCCAGUCCCUCUCUCCCUCUGUCCAGACAUUGCUGUUGUGAAGAUAAAAUGUCUGUUUUAUUAAAAGUGCCAUUGAAGCACAACAGUGACCCCUGACGUUUGAAUGUGUCAUUGCCUCAACAUCAGUAGCCAUACCAUUGAAAAAAACAGAAUUCCUAGAGGUUGUACUUGUGAGCGGUUAUUUUUUAAUCAACUGUUCAGGGAAACUGAAUAUUUUAGUAUAUGCCAUCCACAUGCAGUAGUCCUAAUUGUGGUUUAAUUAAUCAAUAAAUAGAAAUGUGAUUUCAUGAACACCAAUCAACCUCAGAGAGGCUACUUCUGGUAUGUCUGGGACUUUUAAAAAUAAGAUUAAAGGGAUAGUGACAUUUGUCCAUUUUGCUAAAUGAUCAGCACCACUUUCCCAUAAGCAUUCUUAAUAUUUAAACGUUGUGCUUACAUAGGCAGGUACAGUAAUUACAGUGUAGUUACACAGUAUUUAACUGUUACACAUGUUUGUGGUUUGUAUAUGAAUUACAUUUGAAAUCAGUCAGUGGUCAAUCCUCUCAUCCUAUAAUUAUUUUAUAUGCAGAUAUUAGGGACAUCAUGAUCUACAAAAUCAUCAGUUCGAUGUUGAUGAAUGUAAAAACUUUGCAAGUAGAUGUUCAAUCUGUAUCUUUUAUUUCCUCUGUGGUUCAACCUGGUCUCAGAGCAUUUUGUGUUAUUCUGU